AUGGAGUUCGAGAAGCUCAACAUCACCGACCGCAAAAUCAUUGUCGGCAUCGACUUUGGUACCACCUACUCUGGUGUUGCAUGGGCCGAGACCCAGCGCCCCGAUCGUCGAACUGCCAUCACCACUUGGCCGGUGAGCAAGACCAUCCGUGAGGGCGAGUCUUCGGACAAGGUUCCCACCCAGAUCCGAUACAAUGGAAACGAGAUCGAAUGGGGUUUCUCUAUCCCCAUGACUGCACCCCCGGAAGAGACGAUCAAGUGGUUCAAGCUUGACCUUGACCCUUCCUUCAGAGCCUUAGCUCAGGGCGUGGGCCAGGCUAUCGGCGCCGAUGGUGCUCGCGGUGGACGCAGUGUCGACACGCUCGUUAGUGACUACAUAUCUGCACUUGGUGACCACCUCAUGUACACCCUUCGUGAGAAGCUGGGUGACAACAUCGUGCAGAGCACUCCUCUCGAAUUCGUCGUCACCGUUCCAGCCAUUUGGAGUGACCUCGCCAAGGACAAAACCAAGAAGGCCUGCCAAGCCGCUGCUGCUCUCUCUGCGACGAAGCAGCCCGUUCACUUGGUCUCAGAGCCCGAGGCUGCCGCCAUCUAUGCCCUUCACGGCCUUGAUCCCCAUGGCCUCAAGGUUGGCGACACCUUUGUCGUAGUCGAUGCUGGAGGUGGCACUGUCGAUCUCAUCUCCUACACCAUAACCGGCCUCAAGCCCAUUCUCGAGGUGCAGGAGGCAGCCCCCGGAUCCGGUGCUUUGUGCGGUUCUACCUUCCUCGACAUGCGCUUCAAGAAGUAUCUCAAAGCGAAGCUAGGCAAGGAGGAGGGCUUUGACGAUGAAAUGUUGGCUGAAGCCACAGAUGUGUUUGAGAAGAAGAUCAAACGCCAGUUUGCAUUAAACGUGGGACCUGAUGAGACCUACACUAUUCCUAUGGGUGGUCUCGCCAACAACAAGGCUCUUGGCAUCAGCCGUGGUCGUUUCUCCCUGAAGGCCUCGGAUCUGCAAGGCAUUUUCGAGCCAGUUGUGCUAGAAGUCAUCUCACUUGUCAAGGAGCAGAUCGCUUCGAGUAACGUGCCUAUCCGUGCCGUCCUCUUGGUUGGUGGCUUCGGUGCGUCCAACUACCUCAAGGAGCGCCUCCGCAACGCUAUCGACAAGAAGAUCCAGGUCAUGCAGCCUCCCAACGCCUGGCAGGCGGUUGUCCAGGGUGCCGUCAUGAAGGGCUUGGCCAACAGUGCUCCAGAUGAUCUUACUAUGGUCAAGAUCAAGAACCGCAAGGCCCGAAAGCACUAUGGUACUGAGUGGCGAUCUCGUUACGACGAGAAACUCCACUCGCACCUCAAGAGCAAGCGACAGUGGUGUGGUCUUGAUGGGUGCUAUAAGAUCCACGCUAUGGAGUGGUUCAUCCAGAGAAGCGACCAAGUCUCGGAGAACGAACCGUUCUAUACUUCGUUUGUUUGGACCGGCCUGGUCAGCCAAGGCCGCAUCCGUAAAAUCAAGAUGACCAUCUACAGCGACCAGACGAUGCGUGAUGCUCCCAUUGUUCGUGACGACAACGUCAAGAUUCUAUCCCACGUCGAGGCCGACGUCAGCCACAUUCCCGAGAACCUGUUGGCGAGACGGCAAGGUUCUGACGGCCAGUGGUACUAUGAGCUUAGCUGCAAGAUCGAGGCGGUUUACCUCUCCGCGUCGACAACUUACACGCUUCUAUACAACAACCAACGAUACAACACUGUGACUUGCGAAUACGUCUAG